GUCAUUGUAGACAAUCCCGGUGAUGCUAGCCAGAAGAGUUGCUGCUGCUGCAAGCCGAUCGGCCACUCCACUGCCCUGAUGGAUAGUUAGUUGCUGUUCAGGUUGUUGACGAAGUACGCACUCGGAUUGGAAUACUACAAUAGUAGUAGUCCAUACUUGCUCAGACAGCGGCUGAGCCCGGUACUCGGUAGUACUGCAGCGGUAGACCCACACUAGAAGAAAAAAAACACUUGAAAUAAUUAGUUAGUUGCUAGCAUCACUUCACAUCUUCGGCCCUACGGAUUCUGUCAUUCUUUUCAUCGCAAGAUCGUGGUGUUUAGCAUUAGGACACCGCGUACCGUGGCGUGUGUUCGCAGCUGAGCUGCUCGGUGCGCCAAACUGGGGACAGAGUGCCUGUGGUGUUAGUAACUACUUUCAUGUAGUUUAUUAGCUCACGCCUGGAUUCACCAAUUUGUGGGAAGCUAGUUGUGCGGAGCGGAGUCGUACCGGUAGAUCUGCCCAUCCGAUCGCUGGUGCGCGUAGACAGUCGGCUAAACACAACAUCUAGCAGCACCGUAGAUCAACGGUGUGCAUGUACUUGCACAGACUGCUGGCAGUGCUGCUGAUCAGCAAGUACUAUUGUCUAAUGUAGUAGCUUAGUUGCAGCAGUGAUCAGUGGUGAUGUCGCUGCAUCUGCAAGGCUACGGUGCACAGGCAUGGCAAGAGCGCGUGGCACUGCGCAUUGGCGUAGACGUGGGAGGUACGAACACAGACGUGGCUGUGAUGCAGGGUAGCUGUGUCCUGUCCUGGCACAAGGCACGCACAAGCUCAAACAUCACGCAGGGCGUUGCCGCCGGCAUACGCGCCGCACUGUCCACGCUACAGCAAGAGCUGAGCAGCAGGGCGGGUACAAGGGCGGGCGGAGCGGUCACAUACGCACAGCUGGCCGCACAGGUACAGCGCGUGUGCAUUGGCACCACACACUUUGUUAACGCCGUGGUAGAGCGGCGCAGGAGAGACCUGUCACCAGUCGUGGUGGUACGCCUGUGCUCGGAUGCCUCUCAAGGAGUGCCGCCUUUCAUUGAGUUUCCGAGAGCACUGGCUGACUGUAUGGCAGCCAAGCCCCGAAGCCACUACUUUGCCCGCGGUGGAUUUGACUUCAACCAGGUUCCCAUGGACAACGUCAAUCCAGCCGAGCUAAGGAAAAUUGCUGCCGAGUUACGUCAGCAUGGCAACAAUCAUGUCGUCAUUUCCUGUGUUUUUGCUACGUUACAAGGCUGCCAGGUGCAUGAAAUUGAGGCCGAGAGGAUAAUCCGCGAGGAAUUCCCAGAUGUGUCCAUCACGAUGAGCCACAAGGUUGGCCGGAUGGGACUACUGGAGAGAGAGAACUCUGCCAUUCUGAACGAGAGCUUGAAGUCACUGUGUCACCACACAAUCCUAGCCUUUGACAGGGCCCUACAGUCUUUAAACCUGCACUGUCCAUUCUAUCUUACAAAGAAUGAUGGCACGCUGAUCAGUGCAUCCAAGGCACGGAGUUUGCCAGUUGCAACCUUCUCUUGUGGUCCCACCAACAGUGCAAGAGGAGCAAACUUCCUGAGCGGCAUCGCACAUGCCGUGGUCCUUGACAUAGGCGGCACCACGAUCGACUCUUGCUACAUUAGAAACGGCUACCCACGGCAAGCGUCCAGUGAAGUCAAGAUAGCUGGUGUUAGCGUUGGCUAUCGAAUGGCAGACACAAUCAGUAUAGGAUAUGGCGGUGGAUCCAUUGUUAGACAGGACGCAAGUGGAAAGGUCACCGUUGGGCCGCAGAGUGUUGGCUUCAGACUCAGCAUGCCAGAAACAGGACAAGCUGGAAUUGUCUUUGGUGGCUCCACACUCACUGCGAGCGAUGUUGCCAUUGCUGCCGGAAUGGCUAACGACAUGAAGGCGAGCAUCGAUGCAGACGGUGCAGUGUGCGACGAUCGACUGGCGGCCACCAACAUUGACCCGCGGGUAGUGGAGGCAGCAUAUGCCUGCAUUCAAGACGCCAUUGUGGACAUAACCGAUGUUGUUAAGGGUAGCGCCGGAGAGGUGGACGUCAUCCUCGUCGGCGGUGGUAGUGAGCUUGUCGACACAAGGGAAUCGCGACGACCGCCGGGUGUGUCCCGUUUCGUCAAGCCCCAGUUGUGCCAGGUUGCAAAUGCUAUCGGUGCGGCCCUGGGUCAGAUCAGCGCCUCUGUGGAAGGUAUCUACACCAGCUCCAAUGACCCGCAGCAGCGCGCACAGCAGCAUGCUGCAUUCAGGGAGCAGGCCAGGGAACUGUGCGUGGCCCACGGUGCUAUGAGAGAGUCCGUCGUCGUGCAAGAGCCGACGGAGACCGCCAUGAGCUAUUUGCCUGGGCGAGAGGUGCAGAUUCACGUGCUUGCUGUCGGAGAUAUCGACGAAAGCAGGGAAGUUUCAUUGGAGGAAGAGAUAGAACAACCAUUGCCUGCUGCACCGGUUAUAGAGCCUGCUGCUGACGGUGAUGACAACCCCGCGACAGCAGCAGCUGAAGAGUUCUCACCUCCAGUCAAGCACGAUAAGAUUCUCGGCAGUCUUCCGGACUAUGUGGAGCGCCAGAUCAACCCUGAGACCGGCGAGUGGACUCUGAACGUGUAUGACGUUUGGUGCCUGACGAUCGGCGCUGGUUUACUGGGCUGUGGCGGUGGUGGCAGUCCAAGUUUAGCCAAGCUCCGAUGCCUGCGUGCACUGGAUCAGGGCGCUUGCAUCCGAGUGAUACCACUAGACAGGAUUGGAAGCUGUCCUGAGCUUACCGGUGUUGUAGCUAGUGUAGCAUUCAUGGGAGCACCGACUGUUGUCAAGGAGAAACUUGUGGCGGGCAACGAGCUGAGGUCGAGUAUCUGUGCUGUUCAGAAGUUGUACAACAAAGAACACCAUGCAGACAUUCUUGUGGAGGAGCGCGACAAAGGCCUGACGGUUGUGGUUAGUGGCCUGGAUGAUGUCUGUCUUCCGCAACAUGCGGAAAGAACUCGUGCAGCGCUUUCCCAGAGAACGGAUAUGCCGGGUGUUUCAUCAACCGUUGCACUCAUGCCGCUGGAAGUGGGUGGUUUGAACGGCAUUGGACCAUUGGUGAUCGCCGCUGAAAUGGGCGUGCCCGUGGUGGACUGUGACGGCAUGGGACGCGCGUUUCCCGAGCUGCAGAUGUUCAUUCCGUUCAUCUAUGGCGUGCAGCCGUGCCCGUGUGCGCUGGUCUCCGCCGAUGGCCGAUGGAGAGCAUGCACUGCUGUCCGCGAUCACAACCAGCUUGAAACGUUCAUGCGAGAGGCUGUCGGCACGUUCGGAUGCAUCGCUGCACUAUCUGUAGCUCCACUGGAGAAGAGUACCAUGGAGAAGUACUGUGUUGCAGGAUCGCUGACAACCAGCUACAAGAUUGGCCAUGCAGCGCUUAGUGCACUGCGUGAACAUCUCGAUCCAGUCACGGCCAUCGAACGUGCGGCCAAAGCUGUGCUGAUUACACGCGGCAAGAUUAUUGACAGUCGGCUCGAAGUGAAGGAUGCAUUUGCCCGUGGUAACGUCACCAUUGCGUCGUUCCUCAGCUGGGACUCGGCCGGCACGCAGUACCGCAUAGACAUUCAGAACGAGUACAUCUGCUGCUUGCAACUGAACCGUACGACCACAGGCACUAGCGACCACUGUGCAGCCAACCAGCGUGAACCGUCGCAGGCCAUGACCGUGGUGGCGACGGCACCGCACCUGAUCACGCUCGUCGACGACGACACCGGCUUCCCGAUCACGACGGAGGAGCUGCGAACUGGACAGCGGGUCGCCGUCCUGGCCGCGCCGGCAGAUCCUCUGCUGCUCAGGCCGGAAGCGCUGCGAGUGGUCGGCCCGCAGCACUUCAUGAGCGAUGCCGAGCAGUACGGUGGCAUUGCACACACAGAGCCUAUCUUCCCGGAGCGGCGUCGCCCACACUGCGCCGAGUGAAGAGUGCCAUUUUGCACUUUGUAGGCUGUGGCGCUGCAAACUUGAUUCUAACCUACACUGAGAUGUAAUGCAGACUCGGAUUUAGAGCCAAGGAUUAAAAUUCAAAAGAGAAGACCACUGAAAGGUCUACAAGUUAUCCGUUUUUUGUCCAACGCUAUAAACAAUAAUUAUAACUUGAGCACAGUACUGUAGGAGUCAGUGGGUAAUGCCGGCAUUAUUAUUGAUCAUAUAUGGGAUUUUUGAUUUCGAGGCAUUAUAGCGCAUUAUCUAGGAGUCAGUGGGUAAUGCCGGCAUUAUUAUUGAGCAUUUAUACCUCACUCCAUAUUCACCCACAUACAAUUGGCGAUCUACAUAAGUGGUGAAUAUUGCUGAAUAUUCACCGCUUAUAUUCACCACUUUUCGAUACUUACAUUGUACUGUAAAGAGAGCAGUACUCGGUGCUGCGCUUGAUUCCUCUUCCGUCAGCGCACCGGAGCUGUCGAGUGCCCUAGAAAAUGUCUACGCUAACUUCCUUAGACAGGACUUUUCUGAGUACAAACGAAAUAAUUCCUUGCUUGCCAUUGCCGCUGGAUCCGCAUGUGACCAGGUGCUGACAGUGAGCAUCUUCACAGACGGAGCGUUUCAGCGAGAAAACAAGGUUUUGGACGCUCAACAUGUCAAUGGCCCGAUGAUUGCGGAUCAAGCGGCAAGCCAGGAAUUUCGUUUGUACUCAGAACAGCCCUGUUCAAGGACGUUAGCGUAGAAUUUUCCUAGGGCACACAACAGCUCCGAAGCGCUGCCUAAAAAGAAAAGAAGUGAGAGUAGAA